AGCUUUUUGUUAACAACUUUUUUUCUUCUUUCUACUUCUAUAGCUUUAUAAAAUGGUCACUCCUGCCGUAAAGCACACUAUCGUGAAGAAGCGUACUGCUACCUUCAAGCGUCAUCAAUCUAACCGUUUCAUGCGUGUUGGUGAAUCUUGGAGAAAGCCCAAGGGUAUUGAUUGUAACAUGCGUAGACGUUUCAAGGGUCAAGCUCCUAUGCCCAAGAUCGGUUACGGUUCCGCCAAGAAGACCCGUAACAUCUUGCCCAACGGUUUCCGUAAGUUCGUUGUCUCCAACGUCCGUGAACUUAACCUCUUGUUGAUGCACAACCGUUCUUAUGCUGCUGAGAUUGCCCAUAACGUCUCUUCCAAGAAGCGUGUUGCCAUCCUCGAACGUGCUGCUCAACUUAACGUUAAGGUUACCAACGCUGCUGCUCGUCUUAGAUCCCAGGAGUAAAUUUUAUGUUCAUCAUAUUCUGAUAUUACAUAAAUCUUUUAAAUACAUUACUUUUAUUUGUCUCGGGUAAUUGACCUCUAAAGCUCUAUUCGUCUUUUUUUUUAUUAUUAUUAUUUCGUGUAUAAAUGAGUGUGAUAUUGUGGUAAAUGUGUGUAGUUACAUUUCACCGCAAUCGGUGACGGUAAUGGUCUCUUGAGGAUUUUCCUUGAUUUCAUUAACUUGAUUGAUC